UUUUCUGUUCCCAACAAUAACAGCAGUCAAAGAUUUGAAUAUUCCCUUGUUUUCAUUUUGAAUUACUUAAUUGCUUUGAUUAAAUUCUGUUAUGAAGCUGUGGAAAGACUCAACUUGGACUGAUAAUAAUAGCAUACCUCCCAAAACUGUUGAUUCUCCAACUUUUAAUAAAUCGAAUUCAGUAACUGAAUAUACAAUGUCAUUCCCAAAUAGUGCUUCAUCUUCUUUACCAAACAGUGCUUCCAAUAGUACUGGUCAGCAAUCUUCAAAUUUACCCCAUGCAUCUACUUAUGCUCUAAACCAAUCUUCAUCCCACUCAACUUCUUCCACUCCUCCUACAUCAAAUUCAAUACCGAACAGAUCCUCCACUUCAAACCAAAAUCAGUUUCCAUACAUACAACCACAUCCAUUUCCCACUUCGAAUAAUGAUAUGCAGCCAAUUCAACAACAUCAACAACCUCAGCCUCAACCUCAAGCUCAAGCUCAACCUGCUUUACACUCUUUAGAUCCUUUACAACCAAAUCCUCAACAAUCUCAACAGGCCCAACAAAAUACUUUUGUAUCUAGUCAACCAUAUCAAUUACCACAGAUGUCAGUGCCGGUAUUUCCAACCAUGAAUAAUAUACCUCCAACCGAUCAAUGGGACCAAUUUAAUCAAUUUCAAUCUUCGAAUAAUACCGGAUUUUCCCAAGGUCAACAGCCUUUUUCAUAUCAACAAAAUCAAACUAAAUACGCUCCUCAAGUACCUCCUCAAUUACCAGGAGGACCAGGUAUAAUUGCAAAUUCACUUCCCUUAAAUCAACAAUCUUCAAUACCACUUCCACAAGGUAGAAGAUCAUCAACUUCAUCAUCAUCAAGUCGAGGUUCUAGAUCCAGAAAAUCAUCAAUUAAGGCUACAAAUGAUUUACCAGGGAAAAUAUUGGGAGCCAAACCCGUUACUAAACGAUCAAGAAUGGGGUGUCUUACUUGUAGACAAAGAAAGAAACGUUGUUGUGAGACUCGACCAAAGUGUACUGAAUGUAAUCGAUUAGGAUUAACAUGUACAUGGCCCAAGCCAGGUACUGAACAUAAAAAUAAACCCAAAGAUGUCAAAAAUGAGGAAAAUAUGAUUGAUCAUGAAAUUUAUGGGAAAAUUAAAGUAUUGAGAGGUAUUGUGGAAUACAAGAGUAAGUGAAACAGUACUUUAUGAGGUGCUUCAUUACUUUUUUUUUAAGAGUAACCACAUUAAUGUCUCAGUUGAUUAUUCAUUAUAUUUCAUUUUCAUCUUGGGUUAGUAUCAUAAUGUUUUUUUGUCAUUCUUUCCAUUAUAAUCAAUCCAUUAUUUCAUUCUAUUAUCAUUAGUCCAUUAUC